CUCGGGUGGCUGAGCCGGGAGGAUGGCUUGAGCCCAGGAGGUCGGGGCUGCAAUGAGCUGAGAGGUCACACUGCUGCACUCCAGCCGGGGUGACGACAGACAGCCAAGGGAGCCGCUGUGGCUGGAGUAUAGAGAAUCAGGAAGCAAGGAAGAGACAAGAAAGCAGGACCCCGCUGCAUGGCCUCGUGGCCGUAGUAAGGAAUUUGCAUUUUGAGCGUCAUAGGAAGCAGUUGGAGGGUGUCGAGCAGGGAAGUGACAGGAUUUACAGUGAAAGUUUUUGUGAUCGCUGUGGAGUGAUUCCACUUUAGGUGGCGAGAGCAGGCAGGCACAAGGGACCUUGAGGCAGCCGCCCCAGCAACAAGCUGAUGUUUGUGGCUGGCGACAUGGCGGUCAGGAGCCCAGGCGGAAGAUUGUCUGAAUGCAGACUUCCUCUCAGGCCUCACCAGCUAGAAGCAGAUUACGUGGCUACCCGCUGCCUUGUGGUCAAGGGGACUUUGCUGUGGUUCCUUAUGAUACAGGACAAGCUGCUGUCAUGAAGAGACCCCAAGUACAUUGCCCCAGAGAAGACAGCACUGAUUCUUUUCUCCCAUACUAGUCCAUAGGAGUUCUGGGACGGCCGGCGCCUGAGCCCCAUGGGGUCAUCAGGGGCCCUUUUAUCCUGAUCUUCCAGUGUCCUUGAGGUCAGGGGUCGGCAGUCCUUCUGUGAAGAGCCAGUGAGUAAUUAUCUCUGGCUCUGUGGGCAGCCUUGCCGGCUGUCCAGACCCUGUUGCAGCCACUCAGCAGGUCCAAGGCAGCCGUGGACAGUGUAUGACAUCUGCUAAUCCCAAAUGUGACUGGGGCUGCAGUGUGCUUGGCCGGGCUACGGACUCAUUGUCUGCAUCCAUUCAAAUUCAUAUGCUGGCAGCGGUCCCCCAUGUGAUGGCACUGGGAGGUGGGGCCCUCUUGCAUGGGAUUAGUGCCCUUCUAAGAAGAGACAGGAGAGCUCGCUGCCCACCUCUCUUGCUGCCAUGUGAGGACAUAGGAGGAGGCCGUCCGCAGCCUGCAAGAGGUGCUCACCCAAACCCGACAGUGCUGGCCCCCAGACCGCAGACUCCCCGAGAAGGGACUGAGACAGGCUGCUGGGCGAGCACCGUGGACUGAGCUGCUUAAACAACACGAGUUGAUUUAUCAGUUCUGCGGGCUGGAAGGUCAGAAUGUCGGCAUGGCUGGUUCCCGUUGAGGGCCUCUGCCAGGCUCUGGGAGGCCUCCUUGCUGUGUGUUCCUGUUAGCAGAGAUGGACAGAUUCCUGGUAUCCCUUCCUCUUGUAGGGUCACAGUCCUAUUAGGCCCAGCUCUUGUGACCUCAGUUAACCUCCAUUACCAGCUAAAAGCUCCAUCUCCAAAUAUGGUCACACAGGGCUGUGGGAGGAGCUGCAGGACUGAGGUACAGAGGCUCGGAGCCCAGCGAGGGGCCAAGCUGGGACUUGACCCUGUGGGAUUCUAGGAAGUGGACACCGUUUCCUCACCACCCGAGUGCGUGCCACCCCUCACGCAGACCUCUUUGCCCCCUGGGACACACGGGGCAGGCGCUGCUGUCCGGAGGCCCCAUGGAGGUGGCGGUGCCUGUGAAGCAGGAGGCCGAGGGCCUGGCGCUGGACUCUCCGUGGCACCGCUUCCGCCGCUUCCACCUGGGUGAUGCGCCAGGCCCUCGAGAGGCGCUGGGGCUGCUCCGUGCCCUGUGCCGAGACUGGCUGCAGCCUGAGGUGCACACCAAGGAGCAGAUGCUGGAGCUGCUGGUGCUGGAACAAUUCCUGAGCGCGCUGCCUGCCGACACGCAGGCCUGGGUGUGCAGCCGCCAGCCGCAGAGCGGGGAGGAGGCGGUGGCCCUGCUGGAGGAGCUCUGGGGCCCAGCAACCUCCCCCGACGGGUCGUCAGUGACGGGGGUGUCUCAGGACGUGACGCAGGGCCCCGGGGCGGCAGGUGGAAAGGAAGACAGUGGGAUGAUUCCCUUAGCAGACACGGCCCCUGGGGCUGAGGGGCCGGCAGCUGGGGACUCCCAGGCUGUGCGCCCCUACAAGCAGGAGCCCAGCAGCCCCCCGCUGGCGCCUGGCCUGCCCGCCUUCCUGGCUGCCCCGGGCACCACGUCCUGCCCGGAGUGCGGCAAGACAUCCCUGAAGCCAGCGCACCUGCUGCGACACCGGCAGAGCCACUCCGGCGAGAAGCCACACGCCUGCCCCGAGUGCGGCAAGGCCUUCCGGCGAAAGGAGCACCUGCGGCGCCACCGCGACACGCACCCCGGCAGCCCCGGGCCCGCGCUGCGCCCGCUGCCAGCCCGUGAGAAGCCCCACGCGUGCUGCGAGUGCGGCAAGACCUUCUACUGGCGCGAGCACCUGGUGCGCCACCGCAAGACGCACUCGGGAGCGCGGCCCUUCGCCUGCUGGGAGUGCGGCAAGGGCUUCGGGCGCCGCGAGCACGUGCUGCGCCACCAGCGCAUCCAUGGCCGGGCAGCAGCGGCGGCGGCCAGCACCCAGGGGGCGGCAGCCCCGGGCCCGGAUGGUGGGGGGCCCUUCCCGCCCUGGCCCCUGGGGUAGCCGCUGCUGCGUGUUCCAAGCUGCCUCACCACCUUUGAUGCUGCCCCUAGGCCCUCCCUCCUCCUCCCAGCGCCACCGCUUGGCGUCUUCCCCUCCUCCUCCUUCCCGCCUGCCCGCCCUCCUCCCUUAUCUGAACUUCCCAGCGCCUUCCUCUCUCUUCCAGCUCCUUUCCCCACAUUUCACUUUCCUGCUCAGGUGUCACUAGCGCCUCCGGCCUCUUUCUGAUGUCUUCUCCUUACCUCCCCUCCUCUCUCCUGCUCCCAGCCUCCCUCUCCCUCCUCCAUUCCUCUCUCCCGUCCUUUCCCUGCCUCAAGAGCAGGGGUGAGGGCCUGGGAUCCCUGAGGGGCAGGCGAGGAGCAGCUCAGGGGAGCGGUGGCAGGCCAGGCCCCCUUUAUGAAGCGGAGGCUGAGGGAAAGGGAUCUGGGUCUUCCCUAGGAAUCCUCCUUCCCCAGGACAGGUUCGGGGCCGGGGAGGCAGAAGGUGAUGGCUCUGACAGGCUGGACCCGGGGCCUGGCUGUAGGCUCCUUGGUCUUGCUGCCCCCUGUGACCUAGAGGCAUGGAAUGGACAGAGAUGCCUGCCGCAGUGAAGCUGGGUGGGGAGAGCAGGUCACCAGCAUCCAGAAGAUAAUAAACUCACUGUGUAGACCCGGAGUCUGAGCUCUGCCCAGUGCAAGCAAGUCACCUGUGUCCAGAGAGUAAUAAAGUCACUGUGUGUAGACCUGGA